GUGAAAAUGAACACACUGGCAAGACGUACCAACGGUUGGGUGCUUACCUUCUCCGGAGAGAUUAACACUGUUAAGCCGUUAGCAGUAGUCGCUGUCCAGCACCAGACAUGAAGAAAAUCCUUUUCCUCGUCUUUGCUGUUUUACAGGUCCAUGGCAAGGCUGUUGAUUUCACUCAGGAAACUGAAGCCGAUCCCCAACCCUCUGACAAGGAGACCCUGCCCGAGAGAGAUCUACGAUGCGUUAAUAGUUAUGAUCAGCCUUUCAGGUUCCUUUGCCCAAUGAAGCAGUCGAUAAAAACAAUAAAGAGUGUUUACAACAAUGACUAUGGAGACCGCGUGUGGACUUUCACAUGUGGAGCUACUUUUUAUGGGUACCCAACUUGUUCCUGGAGUGCUUACAUGAAUAAUUUUGAACAAGACUUUCAUUACUACUGUCCUGGUGAAUCUUUUAUAUCUGGGAUUCACAGUUAUUAUGAGAACCGUUAUAAAGACAGAAGGUGGCAGUUUUACUGUUGCGGGAUGUCUGGGGUCAGCAGAAGAAACUGCUACUGGACCAACUACGUCAAUCAAUUUGAUGAAGCCUUUCUCUGGGCUGUUCCAGACAAGUAUUACAUUGCAGCAGUUUCAAGCUACUUUGUGAGUAGUUACAAGGAUCGCCGUUGGCGCUAUCUGCUCUGUACAAAAUAGGCAUGAGGAGCAGAACACGAGGACCAGAGGCACCCCGAGCAAUACUUCAUGAUUAUUGAAUUGCUCAUGAUUUUGUGAUCUGGAAAACGUUUUAAAAUAUUCAAAUAAAAGCCGUUAAUCUGC